AUGAUCGACGCCGGAAUCUUACCCGUGGCAACGCGCUGCGCAUACAUUUUCCCAGAAUGUCUCGCUGUCGAUGCUGAUAGCGAGACGAAGCGUCAAGACAUAGCCAAAACAUGGGCUAUUAUCAAGAAUUUCGGCUGCCCUAAGAUUCAGGAGGAGUUGAAGGGCACUCAAAUUCAUUCUCUACGCAACAUACUCACUCUAGAGCUCACCAUGCACUCGCUCUUUGACGAGCUCGAGCUUUGGUUCGUCCCAACUGAGACACCGAACCGCUAUCUGGUCGAGACAUCACUGCCGUCUGCACUUUUCGAGAGCAGAAAGACUCCCCGCGUCAUCGAGUUCAAGACCACUGAGUCUGACCUCGAACUGCCGUCUGCGAACUAUCUGAACAUUCACGCGAUCUGCUGUCGCGUGUACCAUUUAUCAGGUGCCGCAGAGUAUGUUGGCAAACUGGAUGACGACGAUGAUUUGGAUGCCGACAACGAGCUGAAUGCCGACGAGCUGGCUGCCGACGACGAGCUGGCUGCCGACGACCCGGCUGCCUGUGCAGUCCCCACCCAUCAAUUUGCCGAGAUGUUGGCGCAUGGUACCUGCCCAGCCGAUGUUCGAUAG